GCUGGUCCGCAGGAACCAGUUAACUGCUCUAGUCCUGUAGGACGACGCCAUGCCUGGGCGUUAAACUCCUGAUUCACAGUGAAGCGAAACAAACUGAAAGACUUGAAGGUACGGAGCUGAUAGAGACACCAGCAGAGGGCGCCAUGUCUGCUGCAGACAGGAUGAAGGUGCUCCUCUUCCUGGCCUUGUUCUCCGGAGCGUCCGGAGCGCUGUUCACGCUGCUCUGCUGCGGGACGGAGUACUGGCUGCUGGCCGCCGAGUCCUGCGGCCGGACCCGAGAGGAGGACGACAGGAAGAGGAACACCUUAAAGCCUGAGGACGGGGUGACGAUGUUCCACCAGGGUCUGUUCUGGCGCUGCGUUUUCACUGCUGCCUCCUCUGAUUUCUCCAUCCUGGACUUCUGGAUCACGGGUCGGCCUGAGUCAAAGACCUGCCAGCCUGCCUUCCUCUUCCCGUUUCCUGCACCCCACCCGGACUGGACCGGCUUCCCCUCAGAGCCGUACCAACCCGCCUCCGCCAUCGUCUUUAGAACCUUCUGGAGCAUCUUCCUCGUCUCGGGCGUGACGGCUGUCGUCAUUGGUGGACUCCUGGUGCUAUGUGCUGCUCCUCUGACCAAUCGUAGCCUCUAUAGCGCUGGGGGGGCUCUUCAGAUCUGUGGAGGCGUGUGCCUGCUGGUCGUCAUGGCGAUGUACCUGGUGUGGGUCCAGGUGCUGGACACCUUGGAGCAGUUCGCCGCCCAUCAGCGCAGCGUCUCCGGCUGCCCGUCCUACCAGCUCAGUGUCCAGCAGGGCCCGUCCUUCCUCCUGGCGCCCGCCGCCGGCUUCCUCUGCCUGCUGGCCGGACUCCUCUUCAUCCUGGUGGGGCGCGGCGUUCAGGGGGUCCGCUCGGACCAAACGAUCCCCGGCCCGUCAGAAACCGAGCUGUGAUGAGCGUGUCCUGUUCAACAAACUCUCUGGGACAAAAAUGAAAUUGUAGCAUAAAUUAAGAACAAUUUAUGCUACAGGUAUUCAGUAAUAACAUUUUUUUAAUCAUCUUAAACCAAAAAAGAGAGAGACAUAAAUUAAAAGAUAUAGACACUUUAGGUUUACUUUAUAUUGUACAAAUUGUUUCUUUAUUUUUUAGAGAAUAAUUCUAGAAAAACGCUCCUGUUCUUCGAAAUUAUUCAGCUAAAUGCCUGGAAGCUCAAAGAGAAGCCUUCUACUUUACACCUGUUGAAGUUGUUACUUGCAUAUUUUGUUACAAUCAUAUCAAUCUAUGUACAUAUACUUGGAGUUAAGUUCUUUUUCUCACAAACUAGCAAUUCUAGUCAAAAUGUAAUAUCAGCUUCAGUUUGCCGAACUGAAUCUUUAACCUGAUUUAUGAUUUGCUGUUGACGUCCAGUGGAACAAAGCAGCUGAACGUCUGAUCUAUAGUUAGUCUUUGCCUUCCUACGCACUUCCUCUUGAUUCUCAUCUCCCUUCAGUAGUCAGUCUAGGCUUUCUCCCAUUGACCUGGAUUCCUUCGGUAGAUCUUCCUCCUGGCCAACCAGCAAACUGACUUGUGAACUUCUGCGCCGCUCUAGACCUGUAGUUUAAACGGCGAGUCUAAACUACCCAGCGGAUGAAGUGAAGGAAGUCGUUCAGUCCUUUUCAACCAGAAAGUUGGCAGAAGUUUUCGCCGUGGUGGAUGGUUGUUUACAGCGCACGUGUUUCCCGUAGCUUCCUUCUCGGUCAAGCUGGCACGUUGCAUAUGUCACAUUCAAACAUAAAUCAGAUCCAAAAUUUCAGCAGUCCAGCAAGCAAACUUUUCUCGAUAUUCAAAACUCCAGACUGUCUGGAGCUUCGCCUCCAGUGGCGAAGUGGCUGUUUUCUACCAAGCUAUCACUCCUGGCAGUUUCUAUGGAAACCUUUCUUGGAAUUGUCAAAUGAUUUUGUUCUUAUUCUCUUUACUUAUUUGUGUUACGACUUGGUAAAGCUUCUACCUGGAUAAUCGGUUGUUCUCUCGAAGCAUAUCUUCCUCUGUUCAUAAUAUGGAAAUAAAUUAAAGGAAGUUGUUAAGCAGGACUAAGGGAACCAUAAAACUAUCCUAUCAUUACCCCAACACCAGAAUGACUCAAAAUACCAAAACGGAGAACGUCUGAAAUGGAGGUCGCAGUAGAACAGGAAGUUAAUAUAACACUGAGGAUGACAGAGCAACAAAACUAAACAGGAAAUUAUUGCAAGACAUUUCCUGUAAUAACUUUAAUUUUUGAAGCGAGUUCAAACAGCAAUGUUGAUAUUUCCCUUAAACUAGUCUGAUUCCUGAACAAAGGAACCAUAAACAGUCUGUCCACCUUCAACCCAGCCUGCUAGUUGAUGAGCUUCUUCUGCUUGGUUCUCCACUAAUCUGCUCGAGAGCCCACAGAAAUAGUUUCAUUUUGUUCUGUUCCCAUUUUGAUCCAAUAAAGUCACAUUAAACUGAUCCGACUCGGCUCGAGAAGCCGGUUCCCCUCCAGCCAUCCGACAGGAUUCAGGUAAAAAUCAAACGGUCAAACACAGAAGUGGAAGUCUUCAUUGAGUGUUGGUGACUAUGGAUUAUUUUUCUAAUUUAUUUACCACAUCCCAUCGUGAUUAGUCCUCCAGCUCUCUCGCUCUGCUUGUAUUAUCCCUGAUGAAUCGGUUUUGACAAAAACGUGGCGAGGAGUCCUUGGUUGGCGUCGCCGCCGAACGGUUUUCAGGGGCUGAGUAGAUUGACUGUGACCGCGGCUGCCUGUCAUCUCCACGUCAGGUUGAAACUCCGGGUCACAGAGAUGGAUAUUACAAUAAAUUAGACUGUCAUAAUCCAUUUUCUGACUGCAGGGCCACUUCAGAGGUGUGCAAGCCGGUGGCCAGCCAGGAGAGGGCAGUGUUGGUUCAGUUUGGUCCCCACAUCCCAAUGAUGUCCAUCAAUAUUACUGCGAAAUGCAAAGUUGCACCGCUCACAUCAGAUUAGGCCUGCAAAGGCUUCUACAUCUCUAAGUGAUAAUUAUUUCAGUUCCUGAAGAACAGAAAGAAAAAUUCUUCUGUAUUCCUGAAGUUCAGCGUGUUUAACAUGAUAUGAGGAGAAGGGGGCUGGGGGAUGUAGCAGUCACACCUUUAUAAUUGGAAAAGGCAAACAGAAGUGAGACCCUGAAAUGAUAAAGUGACAAAAGACACUUCGCAUCAGUGAGUAUUUCAAUAUUCCUUCAUGUCUGACGCUCCUGUUCUUAUCCGUCCCUUUGCUUCCUAAUCUCCGCUGCGAACUUGGUGAGCAUAAUUACACCUGAGCAUGUCACGCUGGCUCGCCGCUCGUAAACGCCUCAGUCACCGCAAAAGUCCCUACCUUCUAAUGAACACCAGGAGAUGGAGUCAAAUCGACGUUUGAGAACGUGGCAGAUUCAUUAUUUGAUCACAGAGCAGAAUGCCAGGCGCUGCUGUAGCUGUCAACCGGGCAUGCAACACAAUCUCUGCUCCGCUAUCUGCUCCUCACAUCCCGUCACUCUGCGCUUUUGUCCUCCGGAGAUGGAGCCGUCUGUCGCAAUUACAACAGGACAUCGUGAGGACACGAGCGUCCCGCUUCAAAAGACGACGGGACGUCUAAAUUAGCUUCAAUUGAUACUAAGAACUGGUUCAAAACUACAGUCACCUCUCAGUUUGACGUUUGCGUCCAGUUCCUGGAAAAACAUUUGCUCCCAUCAGAAGAAACAUCUUCAUAUCCGACAGGGAAAUCCUGAAAGUCUCCUUUGGGAUUUUAUGGCAGAGUAAGACAAGCUAUCUGGUCCUGAAGCAGCAAAGCAAGCCCUGACCAUCACACUUUCACCACCAUCAUUUUUUUUUUUUUUUGGGUUCGCUUUAGGCCAAUGGAACAUGAGGCUUCAUUUCUAGGAACUUCUGUUUGGUCUCAUUAAAGAAUUUGGCGAGUUUUCAUCUGUUGGUUUGGAGCAAAUCGACCAAGUUAGUUGGGUUUCAUCAGAUGUUGAUGCUACUUAUGCCUGGAACAUAAGUAGCAUGUUCCAGCUACUUAGAAGUUACCAUUCUAACUUCUAAUGGUAGUUACAAAGUCGGCCUUCUAUCACCUGAAGAACAUUUCCAGAAUUAAAGGACUAAUGUCUCAGCAAGAUCUAGAGAAACUCAUCCA